GCCCCCUCCCUCCUACACUCAAGUGCUACUCCACAUUUGCCACCUGUUGCACGGCUAGGCAGCUUCUGCACCUACUUCUCUUGACUUCAUCAUGGCCGCUGCGGACGCAACGAUGCAGACAUCACCCAGCCCGGAGCACUCUCCGCACCAUCCUGCUCGCAGCCAUUCUACGGGCCCAAAGCCCAAGGGCAUCCUGAAGAACGCGCCAGGACAGCAGGGCCCCGGCCACUCACUACAGUGGGAUGAGGAGAACAUCGCGCUCACGGAGAUCCAGAAGGACAGUCUCAUGAAGAUCACGGAGCCCAAGACGCCAUACGUGCGCUACAAUGCCGAGACGGACACAUUCGAAGGAGACAUCCCUGCGCUCGAUCUCAAUGGUCACUUCAUCGUGCCCAAGGCCACCGCGACGUACCCUGACGAGGUGCCCGUGACGGACCGCGCCGUUUCCACGUCACCUCCGCCCUCUGAGCAUGGGUCGUCGCGGCGAGCAUCGAUAGGUUCGAGCCCGGGGCGUAGCGGUGCGCGCUCGACCAGCCGCAGCUCCAGCAGGAGCACGAGCUUCAACCUGCCGUCGGAGGCGAGGGGCGAGAUUCGUGCGCGGCUCGGUGGGGAAACCCCGGAGGCUGAAUCAGAGGAGGAAGAAAUGGAUGAAGAGACUGCUGCGAAGCACGCUGAGUUUGUGAAGGCGCGAGGGAGGCAUUACUCCAACGAGGCGGUAGCCAUGAAGAUGGCCGCGAAGCUCAUGGCAGAAGAGGAUGACGAUGAGGCCGAAGGAGAGGAAGAGCGCGAAGUACCUCCUGUGCCCCCGAUGCCCAAGGUUAACGGCAACCACUAAAAUGAAACGGACCUUUAUAUGCUGCUCGUCCUUAUCUCUCAUCUCGCAAUCCAAGAUGUAAGUUCCCCUCUGUAUAACAUCCUUCUUGCAUCGCACCCUCAUGUCUACUAGUCCUGCUGUACUCACCUACAUCAUAAUGCACCAAUUAUUGCGCAUGUCCUUUGUGCUUUUCGCUGUGUUGCGCACCCC